UCUUGGGAAACGUUAUGGCGGAAAACUCAUCCUUGAUAGAGUACUGUUAGCUAAGUUUUCUAUAUUAAGAUCUACGUAAAAUUAGAUUCAUUUACGUUUGUUGUUACGUAUUUUAAAAAGAUAUGGCGUCCACUACGGCAGGAAAACAGCGAAUACCGAAAGUUGCAAAGGUGAAAAAUAAAGCCCCGGCAGAGGUACAAAUCACUGCCGAGCAACUGCUUAGAGAGGCAAAGGAGAGAGAGCUCGAGCUUCUGCCACCACCACCCAAGCAAAAGAUCACCGAUGAAGAAGAGCUGAAUGACUAUAAAUUACGGAAACGCAAGGGAUUUGAAGACAAUAUUAGAAAGAACAGAACCGUCAUAAGCAACUGGAUUAAGUACGCGCAAUGGGAAGAGAGUCUGAAGGAAAUACAGAGAGCCCGUUCUAUCUACGAGCGUGCACUAGACGUAGACCACCGGAACGUCACCUUAUGGCUGAAAUAUGCCGAGAUGGAGAUGAAGAACCGGCAGGUCAAUCAUUCUCGCAACAUCUGGGACCGAGCCAUAACCAUCCUUCCCCGUGUCAACCAGUUCUGGUACAAGUACAGCUACAUGGAAGAGAUGCUGGGGAACAUUGCUGGCUGCAGACAGGUGUUUGAACGCUGGAUGGAGUGGGAGCCCGAGGAACAGGCCUGGCACUCUUACAUCAACUUUGAGCUGCGUUACAAGGAGGUGGACAAAGCCCGGACCAUCUAUGAGCGAUUUGUGAUCGUUCACCCUGAAGUGAAGAACUGGAUCAAGUAUGCACGCUUCGAAGAUAAGCACGGCUACAUUGCUCAUGGCAGAAAGGUGUUCGAGAGGGCUGUGGAGUUCUUCGGUGAGGAGCACAUCGACGAAAACCUCUUUGUGGCCUUCGCCAAGUUUGAGGAGAAGCAAAAAGAGUUUGAGCGUGUCCGUGUCAUCUACAAGUACGCCCUGGACAGAAUUCCCAAACAGCAGGCACAGGAGCUUUUCAAGAACUACACCGUGUUUGAGAAGAAGUUUGGAGACAGGAGAGGGAUCGAGGAUGUCAUUGUUAGCAAAAGGAGAUUUCAGUAUGAGGAGGAGGUCAAGGCGAACCCACACAACUAUGACGCUUGGUUCGAUUACCUGCGCCUGGUUGAGAGUGAUGCAGAUGCGGACACGGUGAGAGAGGUUUACGAAAGAGCCAUCGCCAACGUCCCACCCAUCCAGGAGAAGAGGCACUGGAGACGCUACAUCUACCUGUGGAUCAACUACGCUCUGUACGAGGAGCUGGAAGUCAAGGACCCAGAGAGAACAAGGCAGGUUUACCAGGCAUGUCUGGAGCUUAUCCCUCAUAAGAAGUUCACCUUUGCUAAAAUCUGGCUGCUCUAUGGCCAGUUUGAGAUCCGGCAGAAGAACUUACCCAAUGCUAGACGGGCCCUGGGCACAGCCAUAGGCAAAUGUCCAAAGAACAAGCUGUUUAAAGGCUACAUCGAGUUGGAGCUGCAGCUGAGGGAGUUCGACCGCUGCAGGAAGCUGUAUGAGAAAUACCUGGAGUUCAGCCCGGAGAACUGCACCACUUGGAUCAAGUUCGCCGAGCUGGAGACCAUCCUGGGAGACACGGACCGAGCGCGAGCCAUAUUCGAGCUGGCUAUCGGGCAGCCUCGCCUGGACAUGCCUGAGGUGCUGUGGAAGUCGUAUAUCGACUUUGAAAUAGAGCAGGAGGAGUACGAAAACACACGAGGGCUUUAUAAGAGACUCUUGCAGCGCACCCAGCACGUCAAGGUGUGGAUUAGCUAUGCCCAAUUUGAGCUGUCGGUGGACAGCGGCGAGCGGAUUCAGCGGUGCCGGCAAGUUUACGAGGAGGCCAACAGGAGCCUGCGCAGCUGUGAGGAGAAGGAGGAGCGCCUGAUGCUGCUCGAGUCCUGGAAGGACUAUGAACAGGAGUUCGGCACCUUUGCCAACAAGGACCGGGUGAGGAAGCUCCUACCUGAGAAGGUGAAGAAGAGGAGGAAGCUGACAGCAGAGGAUGGGUCGGAUGCAGGGUGGGAGGAGUACUACGACUACAUCUUCCCGGAGGACGCUGCCAAUCAGCCCAACCUCAAACUGCUGGCCAUGGCCAAGAUGUGGAAGAAACAGCAGCAGCAAGAGGAGGAAGUGCAGGAGGAGCAGGAGGUACAGGAGGAAGGAGAACCAGAGCGGGAUGAGGGGUCUGGCCCCGCCCACCCAAGAGAUGAACAGGAGGGCACAGGGGCACGGGAGUCUAAAGAGAGCACAUACGACGAUCGUGAUAGCAGCAUCAGCAGCACCAGUAGCGACAGCGAAGAGGACGAGGACGACGAGGACGACGAGGACAGGGCCACAGAAAAAGUGGAGAGGAAGGAGACAGAGGCCGUAGAGAAGGACUGAAGUUGGCACUGCUUCUCGGUUUUUGGUUUUUUUUUUAAGUCAAAAUAAAUGGGACUCACUGUACUUUUCCAGAUUUUUUCUAUUACUUUAUAAUAAAAUUAAAGGGGAAAAGUGUCA